AUGGGAGAAGAAUUGCCAGAGGAACCAGCGGAACCAGGUGGUCACCCUGAGCAGCAUGCGCUCCCAUUGCCUGCCUGUUUUGGCGAUGUGCGAUGGAGGAACGACCAAGUGGCGCCAGUCGAGUGGGGCAUGUCGCUGCAGCAGUUCAACGACUUUGUUGCAGCUUGCCGAGCGACCGACUACUGGCCUGUGGCUGCACAGAAGGGCCACGUGAACCUCUACGAAGUGGUCGAGUUCUUUGUGAAGCCCUGGACGCGGCGGACGGGUUGCAGCGUUGCGCUGCGCAUGAACUCGGCGCCAGCCAGAGCGGAACUCAUGGUCUCCCAUUCCUGGCAGGAGUGCAUGGAUCAGUGCUCUGAAGCCCUUGGCAAAUUCUGUGCUCGCCAUAAGCAGAUUGCUUCGUCCUUGGCAGUGGCCUUGUGGUUCUGCGCCUUUGCACAGUAUCAGCCUGGAAGCGAGCCAGGGGAUCGAGGCCCGACGGUCGCUGAGCAGUUGGCCUUGGAUCCGUUCGGCUCGGUGAUCCGUAGCCUACGCGACGGCCUGGGCAUGGUGGUGGUUCAAACCUCCAUGGGCGAUGUCUACUCCAGACUCUGGUGUGUCUAUGAGAUUUCGGAAGCGGUCAGCUCUCAGGCCUUCCUGCCGCCGGCCCCGCCGUGGCGCCCCAACCGCGCGACGCAGCGCGACGGAGCAGCCGCGCGACGACGAGAGUGGGCGAAACCCGCUGAAGGAGCCGAGAGUGGGCGAAGCGAAGUGAACAGGAAGACCGGACAUGGCGAUAUUCCUAGAGAGUUGGGAAGGCUUCAAUGCAACCUACAGCAGCUCGUUCAGACUAUGGCACAGGAGAAAAACAACGCGAGCCUUUGUAGCCUCGCGAAGCAACUGGUCACCAGUUGCACCCCUGCUGUCGCACCCCUGACCGUCGAAGCCUUGCUUUGUCUGAGAAGUGGAGGAUCAGAACUUGAGAAGGGCUUGAAGAGCUUCAAGUGUUUUCAGGAUUUGGACGUCACGUUCGCCCUGUCAUUGGCCACGGGCACCUUCGACUCCUAUGUGAAGGCGGCUCCAGCAGCACAGCCACCGGACUGCGUGUCCUACAAUACCCAGGGCGCUUGCUGCCCAUCUUUAGCUUGUUACAAAGACUUGCCUCUGGGCGUGAAGAUCUACGUGACCAUUCUACUGCUGCUAGCGAUGCGCGGUGGAGUCCGGAUGAUCACUGAAGCUCGUUCUCAAGCAGUUCGAGAGUAGGGAAAACCCCAGCUUGAGCUAUGCCAAUGCCGGAAAGUGCCUCUUGAUCUUUGCGGUGGCGGCCCAGGUCCUCAUUACUUUGUACAGUUAGAUUAUAUGUUAGAUGUCUCACCAACUGAACCGUUCAACGAACUUCCCAUCCCUUCCCCAUCAAGGAUUGUUCCUUCUUGGCUUGGAUUCUUGGUUACAAGUUUAGAAGUUUGCUAGGUUGCUGAAGUUGUUGAAUAAGUUGCUG